ACUCGGAGUCGGGGGCCCACCGGCAUUGGAGUGCGGCCGCUACCAGCGCUCAGCACCGGUAACCGAGGGUCUCAAGGGGCGUUCGUCCGCUGCUAGCCUUGACAGCCCACCGGGCUCACUGGGAAAGGGUGGCAUACGGGUUGAGAUGGCCGCUUCUGUGGCUGUUGGCGUGUCGCCAACCGGCAGUCUCGGAAAGCUGCAUUCCUCGACCGGCAACCACAGCUACCAUAGUAGCAGCGACAGCCCGACCGGUAGCCUUGGUAAAGCCGAUCAAACGUCCCAGAAGCAACGGGCACUCACGUACCAGCGGCAAGGCACGGGAGACAGUUUGUCCAGCGUGCUCGGCUCCAAGGAAUCACUCGCAUCCGGUGGCGGUGCAGUCGGUGGAAGCAUUACCGAGCGAAUCAAGAGUUACGAAUCGAUUUCAUCGCUCAGCUCGGAUAGUGUGCGGGCGGGUGGGACCACCAGAGCAGCAGGUGAAGAAGCUACCUCGCCCGGGGUGACGCAGGAACAAGAGCACUACUACGAUACGGUGCCGCUGGACCACGGGGAUGGUGACUACGUUUACAUUCAGCCGGGUGGAUUCGGCAACGACGGCCGACCGGAGGAUAACGCGGCCACACUGUUGCUGCAGCCGUUGUCACAUUCAGUGCGAGGCAGCCAAACCAGCGUGCAGCCACUGGAAACUGAAUCUCCCGGACGGAACAACUAUGUAAACAUUGAGUAUUUUAUACGGCCAACGCAGAAUAACGAAAACCGAAGCAACUCGAUAGAUAGCGAUGGGGAGGCAGAUCUUGGCCCUCCUCCGGUUCUGAUGCGUGCGAUCUCGACCGACACUAAUCCAGCCACAAACGAUGCUUCCGAUAGUUUAGCCGCCGGAGGAGGAAUCGCUACCGGCAGUAGCGGUCUAUCGCGAAAGAUUUCCAACGCAAACCGUAAUACCAUCAUCCGGCACAUCGUGUCGAGCAUCGUGACGAGCGAAACACUGUACGUGGAGUGUCUCAACAAGAUGAAGCAAUAUAUGAAGGCGAUACGGGCCACGCUUACCACCUCACAGCCUGUGAUAUCGGAGGAGGAGUUCCACACAAUUUUUUUCAAAAUCGAAGAGUUGCACGAGGUGCAUUGCGAGUUUCUCACGGUAUUGCGAGCACGGCUGGCCGCCGCCGACCUCGACGACAGUGCGACCAGUGCGGAUGGGCUUUGCGUGGGCGAACAGUUUCGGAAGCUGGCGAGCCACAUCCACUUAUACGGUGCGUUCCUGCACAAUUACGGUCGGGCGAUCGACACGGUCAAGAGCUGUAGCACUCACAGCCAGCAGUUUAAGGAGAUCGUGUCGAAUAUCGUGUUCAAGAAUCAGAACGAGCAGAAGCUGUCGCUCGAGGAACUGCUACACAAACCAGUUGCUCGCGUACAGAAAAAUGCACUUGUGCUUGAGGACCUACUAGCGCAUACGCCCGAACAGCAUCCUGACUACAUGCCACUCCGGCAGGCGUCGAAGACGAUGCGUACGUUUCUGGCGGAAUUCAACGUUGUCCAAACGCGCUCCAUGUUUCCGAGCGAGGAUAAGGCCCUGCGUCGGCUAGUGCGCAACUCGUUCAUCGUCGAGCUAGCGGACGGUCACCGGAAGUUGCGGCAUCUCUUCCUUUUCAACGAUGUCAUUGCAUGUGCCAAAUACAAGGCAGCGGGACGCGGGGCGAGCGAACGGAACGGGUUCGAGUUCGAGCUCAAGUGGUUCAUCCCGCUGCGCGAUAUCCUCAUCUGCGAGGAGUCGGCUAACGAUUCGAAGGAGGCGAGCCCGAUCAAUAUCGUGCAGCUAAAGUCGCAGGCAUGCACGGUGCGCGACCAAAUUAUGCUAGAUGAGCGGGACGAGAUGGGUCGACGUAGUGGCAGCAGCCGGUUAGGAGGGGCUCCCGGUGGAUCGAGCCGCGUUGGCGACAAGCACCGAAAGAAACUGGCCGACCUGGAGGCCCAACUGGUGCUCGCUUCGCCAAACCUGGUGUUCAAGAUCGGCAACAAAGCUACUAGCAAGACGAUGACCUUCUUCCUCAGCUCCGACUUCGAAAGAACGCAGUGGAUUGAAUCGAUCCUUUCGCUGCAGCAAUCGUGCAAUCUUCCUGGACAGCUGGCAGUGCAAAUCUACGAUCUACAGGCCUGGAUCACCGCCUGCCAGGCGCUGAUUAAAACCGAGAUGGGAUCCUACUUAAUGAGGAACGCGCGUGACGAAAGCCUGCUGGUCGGGGACCUACACCUCACCAUUCAGGGACUGAACGGUUUCGAUCAGCCAUCAUGCGAUCUAUUCGUGUGCGUUGAGAUCGAUUCCUACGGGCACUACUUCCGCAAGGCCAAAACAAAGCUCGUUUGCCGAAGCUCCUCGCCGUACUGGAACGAAUCGUUCGUGCUCGAGCUCGAGGGCAGCCAGAACUUGCGACUACUGCUCUACCAGGAUGCGGCGCAGCGGCAGAUAUUGCGAGCCAAGCACGUGUUAAAGCUGAGCCGCAGCUGGCUGCAGGAGUCGCCCGUCAGCAAGUCCCUAAAACUGUCAGAAACGCUUAGUCUCGGCACGGUGAUACGCUUCGUGCCUGGUGAAGUAACACUGCGCCGGGUUCCAACCUCCAAACCCGGCGCCCUUUUCGGUGCCAAACUGCAGUCAGUCAUCAAGCGUGAAAAACGUGACAUCCCAUUCAUCGUGAGCGCCUGCCUACGCGAGGUCGAACGGCGCGGUAUUGCCGAAGUCGGCAUUUAUCGCGUGUCCGGCUCGGCGUCCGACGUGGCAAAACUGAAAAAAUCGUUCGAAACGAACGCUUACGAGGCGGAACAGUUGCUCAAGGAGGUGGACGUGCAUUCGGUCACGGGCAUCCUCAAGUCGUACCUGCGGGAAUUACCGGAGGCGCUCUUCACCGAUCAGUAUUACCAGCAGCUGUUCGACACCUUCAACCUACAGACGUACUCAAACGAAACAGCCCGGAUUCACGAACUGCAGCGCAUUUUCGUGGAGCUGCCGCAGCCUAACCGCGCCACCAUCAACCUGUUGCUCGACCAUCUCAUUCGGGUACAUCAGCAGGAGAUCGAAAAUAAGAUGUCGCUGCACAACCUUGCCAUGGUGUUCGGGCCGACCCUGUUACGGCCGGGACCGACGGCUUCCAAACAAAAGGAUCUGCUCGAGUCGAGCACUGCUGACGUGAUGACGCAAGCCGGUAUCCUGUACAGCUUUCUGCAGGCCCGACUGAAAUAGUAUUAACCAAAUGAAACGCAUCGCCGCACCACUACACAGGAUCGCUACUCCAACUUCGACGAUUCGUUUGUCUAUUGUUGCGAGGCAGCAUUCAGAGGCAGAUCGUGCAGACCACGACCGUUGCGCAGCGAUUAAGGGAGCUGGUUUUUCCUAUAUACAUUUAACGGACGGGCGAGAAAUGGUGUGUUUAUCGGACGGACGAACGAGUAGCUGUUUUUGUAGUGAUAGUGAAGGAACGCGAAAGCGCUUAAUUCAUGAGCAUAACGCAUUUUUUCUUUUUAAAUAUUAGCCUUUCUCUGGGCACGACGUUUUCUUGCUUCAUAAGCUUCUGAACGGUAGAUAUUCAUACCUAUUUAUACGGAGCAGACACAUACUACAUGACUGGUAUACAAUUUGAUACAAACGCCGUGGGGCGGCCUAGAGGCACUGAGGAACGGAUGAACAGAUGUGAUGCAUGUUGAAGAAUGGAUCAUAACGAUUCAACCCAUAUAUCCGUUAAAUCGCAUUAAACUGCACGCUUUGUUACGAAACCAGUCACAAUGGGACGAGUGGUGUUUGCUUGUUUGUUGAAAGGGCAAUUAGACGAUGGCAGCCCUUGUUGAUCUGAACGAGCGUGCAUCCACAUGUUCCUCCCGACGACUCAGUUUCAUGUUUGCGAUAGCGGUCGCUUUUUUGUAACAUCAGUCUGCAUGGCCUCCUGCAAACUUCCGGGAGAGUCAGCGCCUGAUGCUACGUGUAAAAAGUGUGCGUAGGGCAAGCAACAGCAGCGCGUGUGAGUAUGUAUCUCUUAUAAGGAUAGCCUUUACUGUUUGUUUUUUUGGCACCAUUUUGUUUUCGUUUUGUAAUAUUAUCAUUAUUCUUGCGAUUUACUAAUUACGAUUACUUUUAUCAGUACUCCUAUUCGAUGUGUUUGCGUUCCGUUGUACCUACUAGGGCCAAUAAAGAUAAGAAUGGAAGGAUUUUCAUAUUCACGCAGCAGCAACAGCAGCGAUAGCCGUACUAGUACAUCGCUAAACGAUGCUGUAACAAUAUCACAGAUUUAGAUCUGAUCUGUGAUCUGAUUGCAGGGCGUUCCGAUUCAGUACGCGAAAGGCAAUGGCAAUCCGUAACAGAUCGAAUUGCUGAAACGGCCUCUUUCAAGGGUUCGAUCUAUUAUAAGUAUUAUUUAUUCAUACGAAAACGAAGACAUAAUAUAUUCACUGAUAUAACCUUCCUAA